AUGACUACACAUGAUCCCAACACUGUGCUUCUUACAGGGGCCACUGGCUUUCUUGGGAAGGUGGUACUCGAAGAGCUCUUGCGCAAGGGUCAGAUGCUCAGCGUUGCCAGCAUCGUUCUCGUUGUUCGGGGAAGGCAAGGUCUCAACGGCCGCGAGCGUUUCGUGAAACAUACUGCUACCUCUAAGUGCUUUUCCCUCUUACCAUACCAUUGGCAAAAGUCUAUCAAGAUAUUUGAUGGCGACCUUGGACUCCCACUAUGCGGUCUCAGCAAAGAAGACUACAACUGGGUGACGGGCAACAUUACACAUAUCAUACAUGUGGCAGGUUAUGUCAAGUUCGACGGGGAAACAUCUGAAGCUGUGAACUCUAACAUCAUGAGUGCCUUGAACAUUCUAAAUCUGGCCAAGGCCUGCAGGAGGCUUCAGCGACUUGUCACCACUAGCACAGCGUAUUCUAUGCCGCCCAGUACCGCACCAAUCUUCGAGAACCUGCCUAUUCUGCCGGUGCCAGCGAGCCAACUUUAUCAUGACCUCGUCGAAGGCAAACUCGAUAAAGAAGAGGCAAUCAAACUCACCGGCCAUCCAAACAUUUACAGCUUAUCGAAAUGCUUGGCUGAGCACCUUCUUGUGGAACAACAAGGCUCGGUACCUUUAACGAUUGUUCGCCCGAGCAUUAUAUGUGCCUCGUGGAAGUAUCCUAUGCCAGGCUGGAUAGACAGCAGAGCAGCCUUUGGAGGUUUUACCGCAGGCUUUGCCGCCGGUAUCCUCUGCGUUGUCAACGGUCAGCGCGAUGCGAAACUCGACCUCGUGCCUGUCGAUGAAGUGGCUCUGUGCCUUAUCGUUCAGGCGCUCCGAGUUAAAGACAGCCCACUCGUGGUACUGCAAACACCACGGAUCGUAUUCUGUGUCUCAACCACAUCCAAUUCCUUCACUCUUGAGGAGGCAUGCCAUAUGCUGACAAUCUUUUUCAAACAUCGUCGACAAGGCAUUCGACAGCCUGCAUUUCGGUACAUCGGUCCCCGCAACAUCCUGUUCCAUGCAUCCGAAAUGAUCUACCAUCGAAUCCCACUGCACAUCAUGGCUGCGACUUUGCGACUCUCGGGCAGAGAUAAAAAAGCGGCAGCUGUCAGAAAAGCAUACCGCGCAACGGUCGCGAUGAAUGACGUCUUUGCGCCAUAUUCCAACCAAACGUACGACUUCAAGCCAGCUGAUUACGCUAUUCUGCACUUUGACAAGCAGAAAUACAUGGAACAAAUUUGUGAGGGUGUUGUUGAGCACUUGAUGCAGCCGAGAUUAUGA